AUGGCGUUUGGGAAUGUUGAAGCAUCAGCUGACAGUUAAUUUGAAUUGGGCUUGUCUUUGUGCGUUGCAAUUUGAAGGUUAAUGUGGUAACGUACUAUUUUUAAACCUGAAUACACGUUCUAAACAAUGGUGCUACUGUAAGUAAACUUAUACGCUUCUUCCAAUUAAAUGGUGCGAAAUCGUAUCAAAGUCUUUGACAUUUUGUAAUGAAUGUCUACAAAAAUUUGUGGUAUUAUUUUCCCAAUUGCGCUGUGAUCGAAAAACCUGAAAAACAUUUUUUGUGAUUAAUUUACAAAAGUUCCUAUACGCACUGUUAUAUUUAUAUAUAUACGAAAGUAUUGUUUUAUUUGUCGUUGAAGAGGAACCACGGAAACAUGAAUGAUUCUUUCCUAGAAGAUUUAGAAUUAGUGCCUACUGAUGUUAAAACUGUAAAUACUUAUCCAGUGGACCGGCAUGUAACAUCAAGAAAUGCAACAUCCUCCCCUGUGCACAUGCUGCAAGGCAAGAGAGAAAAUGUACACAUUGAAAAACAGUCCGGUGUUAAGGAACCAAAUACAAAAGACUUCAAAAAACUGUCUGAGCAAGAUACGAGGAAGCAACAGAUGAAAGUAAAAAUAACUGAGAGGAAAGAGAAACCUGUUGAUAGCAAGCUGAAGCCAAUUGAAAAUAAGGUAAAAAGCAAUGGGAAAGAGCAAGAAGUCAAAGAUGAUGCUAAAGCAAAGAUUAAGGAGUCAAGAAUGAAAAUUUCUGAUAGCAAAAUAGUUGCGAAAGAUAGGAUGAGGCGUUCAGGAAGUUAUAAAGAAAAUGCCCAAGCUCCAGAUGUGUCUACUAAGGAAAAUAGCAGGCCACCCGAUUAUCCAAAAGAGGGAACUUCCCAAAUGGAAGCUAAAGAAAAAUCGAAAGCCUGUGAUGUUAGAAAAGUAGAAUCCAAAGAAACUGAUCCAGUUGCAUUGCUCAAUGCCAUCAAAGACAUUGUGAGUAUAUAUACAAAGCAGGAGAGCACAAAGAUUCUAAGGGCAAUGCAAGAACUACACUUUAAUUCUCAAGCAAAUCUCAUUAAACAUCUGUUAUGUCAAACAGAUGAUAUAAUCAAUGAGAUGCAUCCUAGCAAAGAUUCCAACAGAGUAAAAGGCCUAGUUGAACAGAAUGAGAAAUUACAAGAGAAUAUUGUUUUCCUACAAAGGAAAAAUGAAGAAUUGCAAAAGAAGUUGGAGGACUAUGAGUUUCUGAAGCAGGAAAACGUUGCACUAAAGUUGAAAUGCAAGGAAUUAUCCAAGCAAUAGCAAAAGUGUACAAUGUUCUAAUACUAUGCACGUACUUAGAAUUUGUUGAUAAAGGGAUAUCCAUUCCAUGUUGAGAUUUGAUGAUUAUCAGCUAUUGAUAUUUUGUAUGAAAAUAUAAAAUGACCAAUUUUGAAAAAUCUAUAAAGUAAAAAAUAUCAAGAAACAUGCUGCUGAAUUUUGAAAAAGAUAUUCCACAUGUUUGCAACAAACAUAAAUAUAUGAUUCUUGAUUGGUAUGGCUGAUUGUAGAUCAUUCAUAAUAAUCUUCAUGUUCCUUCAUAAUUUUCCCUGUUGAAUAAUCGACUGUCAUCAAUUUAUCUAAUUCAUGUCACGUAGUAAGAAUAAUGGGUUUUACCACUAUUUUUUUUAUAUUGUCACGCGUUUUCCUUGUAGAUAUACGUAUCUGUUCGAUUAGACUACAUAAAAUUGUGCUAUUGCGUGUAUGUUGUAAAAUGAUCGUACAUAAUGUAAUGAUUGUAUUUACGUCAUAAAAGUAGUUGGAAAUGCCACAUUUGUUACGCUUACUUUACAACUUUACUUUUAAUACCAAUGGCUGCUAAUUAUCAGGGUAUAAGUAAGAUUCUGCAAAUGUUUUAACUAUAUGAAUGUUUUCCAUAUUGUUGCGUAUCUCAAAUAAGAAGAGAUAAACACGUAUAUUGAAAUUAACAAGACCACAUAUUUUGUAACACUUUUACUCAUAUUUUUUUAAGUGAUAAAAGAUUAAAAAUAUGUUAUGUAGUUCAAAGAGUUUGUGCCUCAUUUAACGCGCGCGCUCCAUAUGUAUUUUAUUCCGCGUUGAUUUGGGGAUAUAGUUAUUGAGCUGAAAAAAAAGAGAUUGUAAAUUUUUGUCAGUAAGAAAACGCUUAAUAAAAUACUUUAUAAUUAAA